AUGCUUAACCCAGUAAAGAGCCGGGCAUCUAUCCCAAGAAGAAUGUCAGUCGAAGAAAUCGCUGGAAUCAUUGACAAAUGCUUGGACGAAUCCGCCAACAAGCAACGAAGCUCUGUUUUCAGCCGAGAAACAAUUUCGCGAGAUCAAAUCAUGAGGUCUGCUGAAGACUUGGCGAAAAUCAUCAAUGGAGCACUCGAAAGUGAUAAUGAUAUGAAAGCAAUGUCUUAUGAUGAUCUCGCUCGAUUUUUGAUGGCUUCCUGCUCCACCGACAAUAUUAUUUUUGAUGAUGAUGAACAGCAGGACCCUCUUCAAGAAGACGAUCUUGACAUUUGGCGAGGACUUCCUCAGCAGAAGCUCUCUACUUCUCAAGUUCCCGCUGUUGUUACGGAUUUUAAAGAGAAAUUGAUCAAUGACCAUUUAUCUCAGGUCUGUUCUGCUAUUUCUGAGCUCUCAUCGACUCUUGGAGAUCUUGAAACUACUUUUACAAAAAAAAUGGAGCAGUUCAUCAUCGAGCGACCUGAAGUUUCCAACCAUGUCAGCACCUUGAAGGCGGAUCUCUCCGACAUGAUUCAGGCCCUCUCUGGCACUUUGAGUAACGUCCCCAACCCUGAUGAGAAAGAAGUUGAAGCUGCUAUUGAAAAUGAGCUUCACAACUGGGAGACUCGUCGAAUCAAGGAGGAGUUUAUCAGAGAGGAGCGACACCAAGUGGAGCAGCUCAACAAGCAGAAGAAGCGCCAAAAAGAGCUUGAAGAAAGCCGAAGCGACGAAAUAGAGAGCAUGGACGAGAGACCAAGCGUUGCCCUUCCACCAACCGCUGCUGGCCGAAAGUCCGAAGUCGGCGACAAGAGAAAGUCCGUUCGUCGAUCGCGAGCUGAGGGGCGCACUUCUACAACUGAAAGAUCUGGCUCAAUUAUUCGCCGGAGAAAGACCUCUACUGGACGACGAGUUGGCUCUUCUAUCAGACUCAAGAUUCCUGAUGACAAAGUCGAUGCGGAAGAAAAGACUCCAGACGGACCCGUUACUAACGAGCAGUAUCUCCUCGCUGCUGUCGAGAACCGACCAAAGACUAUUCAGAAGUUUAUUGAGCAAGGCGGCUCUGUUAAUACUGUCGAUGAGUGCAAACGAUCAGCACUUCAUCGAGCUGCUCUUUAUGGAAGCAUGGAUUGCGUGACUCUCCUUUCCAGAAACAAAGUCAAAAUGAACUUGCAAGACAAGCUCGGAGAUACUGCUCUUCACUGGGCUUGCCGCGGAGGUGACCUGCAAAUCGUCAAAUACCUUGUCGACAACGGUGCCAAAGUCAACGCAAAAGAUAAGGUAAGAACUAGGGCUAUCGGAAGUUUAAAAAGCCAAUUAAACUUUUUAGCUUUUUCGACUCCUCUUCACGUCGCUGUCCGAGUAGGUGUUCAGGAAAUCAUCGAGUUCCUCUGUGAACACGGAGCUGAUAUCAAUGCAAAGGAUAGAGAAGGUGACACUCCAAUGCACGAUGCUGUCCGACUUGGCCGAUACCGAAUCGUCAAAUCUUUGAUUCUCUACGGUGCGAACCUGCGAGUGAAGAAUCAGCAAGGAAAGACCCCUGUCGACAUGGUUCAGCUUUGGUACAAAGAUACUGCACAGGCUCUCUCCGGAAACAACGAAGCCAGAAAGAAAAACUCCGUUGCUGUAAAAAUGACCGACCUGAUCAACGAGCAGCUCGCCGCCGGCCAGUGA